UUCUGAGGACUCCGGACCUGUCCCUGGCGUGUCCAGAAUGGCGGCUCUCCCCGGCACCGUACCGAGAAUGAUGAGACCCGCUCCGGGACAGAACUACCCCCGGACAGGAUUUCCCCUGGAAGUGUCCACGCCACUGGGCCAGGGCCGGGUGAAUCAACUUGGCGGGGUCUUUAUCAACGGCAGGCCGCUACCCAACCACAUACGCCACAAGAUCGUGGAGAUGGCCCACCACGGCAUCCGGCCCUGCGUCAUCUCUCGCCAGCUUCGUGUCUCCCACGGCUGUGUCUCCAAAAUCCUAUGCCGCUACCAGGAGACUGGCUCUAUCCGGCCUGGGGCCAUCGGGGGCAGUAAACCCAGGCAGGUAGCCACUCCAGACGUGGAAAAGAAAAUAGAGGAAUACAAAAGAGAGAACCCUGGGAUGUUUAGCUGGGAAAUCCGAGAUCGGCUGCUCAAGGAUGGACACUGUGACCGGAGCACAGUGCCCUCAGUGAGUUCGAUUAGCCGUGUGCUCAGAAUCAAAUUCGGGAAGAAAGAGGAAGAGGAUGAGUGUGACAAGAAGGAGGAAGACGGCGAGAAGAAGGCCAAACACAGCAUCGACGGCAUCCUGGGCGACAAAGGAAACCGGCUGGAUGAAGGCUCUGAUGUGGAGUCUGAGCCUGACCUCCCCUUGAAGCGGAAGCAGCGCCGCAGCCGGACCACCUUCACGGCCGAGCAGCUGGAGGAGCUGGAGAAGGCUUUUGAGAGAACCCACUACCCUGACAUCUACACCCGGGAGGAGCUGGCCCAAAGGACCAAGCUGACAGAGGCCCGGGUCCAAGUGUGGUUCAGUAACCGUAGGGCACGGUGGCGCAAGCAGGCAGGCGCCAAUCAGCUUGCGGCAUUCAACCACCUUCUCCCGGGAGGCUUCCCUCCUACAGGCAUGCCCACCAUCCCGCCAUAUCAACUGCCGGACUCCACCUAUCCCAGUACCACCAUUUCACAAGAUGGGGGAAGCACUGUACACCGGCCUCAGCCCCUCCCACCGUCCACCAUGCACCAGGGGGGCCUGGCUGCCGCUGCUGCCGCCGCUGACACCAGCUCUGCCUAUGGGGCCCGCCACAGCUUCUCCAGCUACUCAGACAGCUUCAUGAACCCAGCGGCCCCCACCAACCACAUGAACGCCGUCAGCAGUGGGCUAUCUCCCCAGGAGCAAGGCUCUGAGAAUGAACUUCAGUGCAGCCGGAAUCCAACCACCUUGUCCAUGAACAUCUAUGUGAUGAGUAUCCUGAGCAACCCAAGCGGGGUGCCCCCCCAGCCCCAGGCUGACUUCUCCAUUUCCCCACUGCACGGGGGUCUGGACACCGCCAACUCCAUCUCGGCCAGCUGCAGCCAGCGCAGUGAUUCAAUCAAGUCUGUGGACAGCCUCCCCACUUCGCAGUCCUACUGCCCCCCCACCUACAGCACCACUGGCUACAGUGUGGACCCUGUGGCUGGCUACCAGUAUGGCCAGUAUGGACAGACUGCUGUUGACUAUCUGGCAAAGAACGUGAGCCUGUCCACACAGCGUCGGAUGAAAUUGGGCGAGCACUCAGCUGUGCUGGGGCUCCUGCCUGUGGAAACAGGCCAAGCAUACUAAAGCCCUCGGGCCCCCUAUCCCAGACCCUUGACUCCUGUAUCCCCGCUAUCCCUGCCAGCCUAUCCUAUACUCAUCCCUGUGCCUCUCUGAACCCAAAUCCCAGACCAUCCUCCUAGACCCACUGAUGCAUCCUCUGAGAAAGUGGGACCAAUACGCCCCAGUUUCUUCCCAUGCCACUGCCCUCUGGCAAAAAUCUGUGACCAUAGACUCUGAGGGACACAAUUGCAGUCUCUCUGCUGGCAUCCCCCUCUGCCUCCUGAUCCCAAUCUUAAUCCCAGCUGGAUUACUGGACUGAUUUAACCCCCUGCCCCCGACCUCAACCUUGCUUUAAGCAAUGGGUAGAACCCAAGCCGAAUUAUGACUUCUAUAAGAUUUUUCUCUCACUCAAGGCCCUUCCCUUCCCUUCAAUUGUAUAGACUUUAUUAAUGCUUCCCAUCACAGAGGGUGCAGCAGGCAAGACAGUUCCAAAAGGAUAGGAUGCUGGAGCUCUUAGUGUGGUGGAAAGAGCACUAGAUUUGGAGUCAAAGUCUCUGGGUUCGAAUCCCCAAACUGCCGCUUAUGGUCUAUGUGACUUUGGUCAAGUUAUUGCUACUCUCUGGGUCUGUUUCAUCAUCAGAAAAGUGAAGAACCAAGACUAGCUGGCCUCUAAGGUCCCCUUCUAUCUCCAAGUUAAAGGUUCACCUUUGUAUCCCCUGUGAGAGUAGGGGGUAGCAAGUGGGCACCCUGCAGUAAAGAUAAUGCCAUUUGACCAGGAGGGCUUUGGGAAUGAAGGAACGAGACAUGCUGUUCUCUCUUUCCCAAGCUGAUGACCUGUGUGGGUGAGCAUGACCAAAACCCAAAUCCUUUAACCCUUCCAACAAUAGGACCUUGGCGAGGAGACGGAGCUUCCAGUUCAAGAAGAAAAGCUGGGCUGGUUAUGGCUAAUAUGGAAUGUUGGGGCAUGCCCUAGGCAGGGGCAGGUCAAGGAGGCCAAGGAGAGACUUUGACCUUAAAGGAAAUACCUUUUGGAAAUUUCAGUGGGCUUGCAUCGUUAGCACUCACAGUCCCUCGGGGGGCAGAUAAGGCAAGUUCUGACAUACCAUAGAGGUGACCAUUCAGAAAGUGAAAGGCACUUAGGAGAGGAGCACCUUACCCAAGUCACUGGUACUUGGAGACAUUGUAUCUGGAAGCUAUAAGUGGGAAGUUAAGGGUUCUGGAUUGAAGCUCUGAACUCCCAGUUCUGUCCUUUCCCAAACUGAUUUCCUGAUUUCUCUGGAAUGUCAUCAGAAACAAAGAACACUUUGGCACCUCCAGCAAGGAGAACCCUACUUUCUUCAGGCCAGGCUGGACCUGAUCAUGCAAGGGUGACUGACCACCUGGGCAGGUGCACAAAAUACAAG